AGCCGAAGAUGUCGGCUCAGUCAUGUGAUCAACUGUGUCCAAUCACAGCUGAUCACAUGGGACAUGUACACUGAACAUCAGGGCACCGAUGAUCAGUGUGCCCUCCUGAUCAGUGUAGCCCCAGCAGUGCCACCUGUCAGUGUCUAUCAGUGCCAUGUGCCAGUGCCCAUCAGUGCCACAUCAAUGCCACAUAUCAGUGCCCAUCUGAGCUGCCUUUCAGUGUCACCCAUCAGUGCCAGUCAAUGCCACCUAUCAAUGCCAAUCAGUGCCACCUAUCAGUGCUGCCAAUCAGUGCCACCUAUUAGUGCCAGUCAGUGCCGCCUAUCAGUGCCAUAUAUCAGU